AUGUCAAUGGACGUCUUCCGUGUCGGCCGUGGUGGCGCCGGCAACUGGUACAGCAAGAAGGACCAAGAAGAGGCCGAAAAGCGGGAUGUCGAAGCUCAGGCGAAUACAGCCGGGACCGAAGCUGCUACGUCCCAACCGCCGGUUGCUCCCCGGCCGCAGCAGACGCCAUACACGCGAGGCGGACGGGGUGGUGCUGGCAACUUUUACGACUCGGCGGCCGUUGCUGCGGCCGAGCGGGACGAGGCUGUCGAGGCUGCACGUGUACAGGCGACAACGACCAAAAGUACGGUCCCCGCAUCGGCCGAUUCACCCGCUCUCGUAACACCGUCGUCAGCCCGCCCACGGCCUGGUCUGUCCGGGCGUGGUGGAGCAGGCAACUGGGCGGCGUCGGCCGCGGCCGCUGCUGACCUUGAGGAGGAGCAGAAACGCAAAGAGGCUGCUAUUGCGGCCCAGAUCCAACAAGAUGUUGAGGCUGGUCUGGCCAUGCCGCCCAAGGCGUACCACCAGACACCGGUGACACGCGACCGGGAGAAGUAA